AUGGACGCCCAGAACAAGCUUCAGGCGCUCUCAGACGAGUUCCAGCAACUACAGACUGAUCUCGAGGGUCUGGUCGAUGCCCGUCAAAAGCUAGAGUCACAACAACAGGAGAACCAAGGCGUGCAAAGUGAAUUUGCGCAGCUCGACGAUGACUCGAAUAUAUACAAGCUCGUUGGGCCUGUCCUGUUGAAACAAGAGAAGACAGAAGCUGUCAUGGCUGUCAACAGUCGUUUGGAGUUCAUUGAGAAAGAGAUCAAGCGCAUCGAGAAGGAGAUUGAGGAGAAACAAGAUACGGCCGACAAAAAACGCGCAGAGAUCAUGCAAGUCCAAAGCCAAGUACAGCAGCAAGCUGCUCAAGCCUCCGCAUAA